AUGACAAUGGUGAAGGAAAUGCUUACCAUUACUAUUAUAUCCAUGGGACUCCUGCUUCUUUCGAACUCCGUGGAGCCAUACAAGCGACCGUUCGACAUAGGGGACGAGUCGAUAUCUAGGAUGUAUUUUCGCCAUGACACGAUAACAUUCAUAGAGACCGCUGCAGUAUCUGUCCUUGUUCCUCUUGCGCUUAUGUUUGCAACAUUCCGCAUUAACUCGGUGGAAAGGAUCCAUGAGAUAUACUUCUAUGCAUCAUUUCUAGUGACCUGUCUUGUCGGGUUUGCUGUUGUCGAGAACACAAAGAAUUUGGCCGGAAGACUUAGGCCAGACUUUCUGAGCAGAUGCAAUCCUGUGGCAGGAAAGUGCACAGGAAACCCCCUGGUUGUUCUUGACGGGAGAAAGAGCUUCCCAUCGGGACACACCUCGAUCGCGGCAUGUGGAUUUAUGUUCCUGGCCCUCUUUAUCUCCAAGGAGUCUACUCUGCCAGGGCUUAAGGCAAAAGUUGGGCGGAGCUCUGUCUUUCUACUAUACUUCGUGUUUUUAAUGGUGCCCGUUGCCGUAGGGACAAGCCGCGUGAUGGACAACAAGCACUUUAUUUCGGACGUCAUAGGAGGCGGAGCUAUUGGUGCUUUUGUUGGAAUUGCCAGAUUCAAACAUCUGGAGACUGCUGUUGCCCAGGAAAGGUACAAGAGCAUUGAGGCAUGA